UUAACCAACUUUUAAUCCUAACUGAUCUUUUAACGUUCAACUAAACCAAGUUUGUUAUAUUUAGAACAUAUGUCACUGUGGAAGGUGUUUGAAGGGGCCAGGUACUGUGGAGGUGUGCGUGAGCACAGUCUCAGAAGAUACAAGAGAAUAAGAGACAACAGAGAUAAGUUAGUGGAACUGGGUUUGAUGACAGUAGAUGAACCACUGGAAGGUUACCGGACUGAAGAAUGGGAGGAACACGCCACAGCUUACUCACAAUAUGAGAUGUUGCUGAAUCGGUAUUCAGAUGGAGCGAUAAAGCUGGAGGAAUUUGUUAAGGCUGAUCCCAGAUACCCCUCUGACAGUGAUACGGACAGUGCUCCUGAAACGAGGAACAAGAAUGUAAAUGGUGAAUCGGAUUUUGCAGAAUGUACAGACGAACGAAAAGUUAACCAGUACUCUGCUAACGAAGAAGCUGAAGGUCCUAAAGUAGAGGAUCUAGAGAUGUUCCUACACUCAGAACCUGAGUCUGUACCAGCAUUGAAAGAUCUAUUUGUCAACAAGAAUUUAACUUCUCAUCUCGGAGAAGGUCCUGUAGAUGUGUGUAAAUUGAUCGCAGAAAACCCUGAGUUUACACAUGAAAUAUGUGAGGCUAACAUAGACUCUCUUAUGCCGGAUGAGGAGUUCUAUAAAAUUACUUGUGAGACUUAUCCUGGUGGCUGGGAGAAGUUCGUGGAGGACAUGGAAAACGGAGAGUCCUCAGAUGAGGAGAUCGAGAGAAUUGAGCUGCCCCCUGAUCUCUACAAUGAACUUAUAUCAGACAAGAGUAAUGAUGUACCUGACGAUGAUGAGGAACGGUUUAAGUUUGGUGGAAUAAACAAGGAUCAAACAGAUACUUGUCUUGAUCGAGUACUUGAGUUGUAUGAUAACUAUCAUAACAUGACGCAUGACGAGUAUAACAAAAAGGUGAAGACGGUUCUCAAAGACAGGGAUAGGAUUGUUGUUCUAGAUGAUGAUGGCGACAACACCAGACGAAGUACUAACAAAAGUAACAUACUGCAAACCAAAGACUGUGUCAGAAAACCUGAAUCUGAUGACAACUUACCUUCUUGUAGCGGUGUACAGCACGAUCUAGAACAUGGUCAACAACAUCAUUGCACUGCAACCGGUUGUCUGAAGCUGUUCAAGACGCAGCUAGAGCUGGAGACACACAAAUGUGGGACGACUCGAGAAGUAUCAAGGAAGGGGAAAGAGAAACUACACAAGUGUGAGACGUGCGGGAACAUGUUUGGUUGGAGAAAGAGUCUAACAAGACACAUUAGAACAGUACACGAUGAAGUAGCGAGACUUACCUGUCCUUACUGUCAAUAUAGGACUGAUCAUCAGCACCACCUCACCCAGCAUAUUUUAACACACACGGGGGAUAAGCAGUACAGGUGUACACAUUGUGACUAUACCACUGUUCAGAAAAAUACCCUCACUACUCACAUCUACCGUAACCACACAAACAAGACACACAAUUGUCAGUAUCAUGAGUGUGGUGUUAAGAAAUCCUCUGAACAGGAACUGUAUGAUCAUAUCAGUUCAGAGCAUGCACUACAACAAUACAGAUGUGAUGUGUGUCCUAUGUCUUUCAAAAAACUUGAUGGCCUUAAGAAACACAAGCUGACACACGACGAUGAUGAGUUCAAGUGUAGGUAUUGUGGGAGACGGUUUCUGCGAGCAGACAACCUAAAAAGACAUACUGUGAUACACACCGGUAAGAGAUCACACGAGUGUGAUGUGUGUGGUAAGCGGUUUACUAGAAACAGUAAUCUCACAGUGCAUAUAAGAGUUCACACAGGAGCAAAACCCUACUCCUGCACUUACUGUGGUAUGGAAUUUAAUGUAAGUAGUGCAAAAAACAGACAUGAAAGUAGCUGUAAAUAUAAAUAACAUUAUAAUAUAAUAUUGUUUGUCUCAAACUUUAUUUGUUUGAAAAUAACAUUUGCUGAAUAAAGAAAGUGUAGAUGCCGAUUGCCGACUCAUUUUUAAAUUUUCCGAACUG